GAAGAGAAUGUUGAUAUUAAAUCGAGGCUGAGCUUCUUCACACUCUGCAAUGGCGACGGCGCUCCUUCGAAAAUCCUAAUUCCAGUUGCAGAGAGUAAGUCGUUUCCGUUUCCGUUUCUCUCAACAUGAUUGCAAUUGCACGCAAGAAUCUCUCCUGUUCGUUUAUAAACCCUAAUUCAUUUCUCUGCAACUCAAAUGUGCUCUCGUUUUCCACUUGGAAGGUGAAAACACUCAUCCCUAGCCCUGAAAUCUGCGACGUUUUGGUCAAUAAACACCAAUUUUCUCCUGAAUUGGCUUCACUAGCUUCAUCGCGUUUACCUAAAGUUAGAGAUCCCCAAAGAGCUGAUUUAGUGCUUUCAUUCCUCAAAGAGAAUAGCUUUACGACUACUCAGCUGCAGAAACUUGUCGUAUAUAAUCCUCGGGUUCUAGGGUUUACUAUUGAGGAUAUUAAAUCCAGAUUCAAGGUGUUCCUAGAUUUGGGGCUUUCAUCGGAGGAGAUUGCCAAGAUGAUUUCCAGUAAUAAGGCGAUUUUAAAUUCAAGUAUGGCGAACAAGAUCAUUCCCAAUUUAUCGAUGCUCAAGGGCUUAUUAGGAUCCAAUGAUGAUGUGGCCAGACUUUUGAAGAGAAGCCCCUGGUUUAUUGUAUCCGAUUUGGAGAAAACCUUAAUUCCAAAUGUGGAAAUAUUGAAGAGGUGUAGCAUACCAACCGAGCGUGUGCUGCACUUCCUCUACAUCCAUCCGAGAACUUUCUUGGUUAAGUCGGGUACUAUGAUGAAAUCUGUAGAAAAGGCCAUUGAAAUUAGGAUCCCUCACACUAUAUUAGCUUUUAUCCAAGCUGUUGGUAUUUUUAAUCAUACAAGCGAAGGGAUGUGGGAAGUCAAGUUGCAAAUUCUCCGUGACUUGGGAUUUUCUGAUGAAGGUAUAGUCACAAUGUUUAGGAAGCAGCCUAUUGUGUUUUCAGUAUCUGGAGUCAAAUUGAAGAACAAAAUAGAGUUUCUUCUUGCUACUGGGAAGUUCAGUAUAUCCAGUAUCGUAAAUCGUCCGGUAGCACUUGGCUACAAUAUCGAGAAGAGGCUUGAGCCGAGGUUGCAAAUUCUGAGACUUUUGGAGAGUAGGAAUCUUAUUGAAAAGUGGCCUAGUCUUUCAGUAGUUUCUUCGAUUACGGAUUAUAUGUUUUUUGAUAAAUUCAUUAGGCCUUAUUAUGACAAGAUUGGCGAAGAGUGCAUCAUCAAGAAAUUUGUCGCAGGAAAAAAAGAGUUGAAGGUGUAAGCAUAUGCCUGCGGAGCUCAGUUUUUUAAGUAACACUGAAUAGGUUAAGUAAAAGGUGUAUUUCAAGUAGCAAUUGACUAGGUAAAAUUAGGAGGUUUGAACCAGCUCUCAACCUGUAUAUGUA